UGUUUACAUAUGAUUUGAUCUCUUAAUUAAAGUUAAAAUUUAAUUUGCGUGGCCUUCUAAUCCGAUAAUAUUCCCUUUAUGCCCUUAUAAUUCGACAGGAAUGUAUCGACUCAUAAAGACUGAACGGCCAACCAGCCACUCCCUCCUUUGCUUCUGCCUUCGAUUCUCGAGCCUUCACCGAGCGAGCGAAUUAACUUGAGCCUUUGUCUCGAUAGAGGAGAGAGAGCCCGAGACCCAGAUUUGAAAAGCUCCGCCUCCACAGCGAAUGAUGGGGUUCUUCUCUUUUCUCGGCAGAGUCCUCUUCGCUUCCCUUUUCAUCCUCUCCGCUUGGCAAAUGUUCAAUGAAUUUGGAGAGGAUGGUGGCCCUGCCGCAAGGGAGUUGAUACCCAAGCUUGCUAUUGUUAAGAAACACAUUUUUUCCAAAUUGGGUGUGCAGUUGCCGGAUAUUGAUCCUACAAGUAUUGUUGCGGGCAUUAUUGUCCUAAAGGGUCUUGGAGGUUUUCUCUUUGUAUUUGGCACCUCAUUUGGUGCUUAUCUCCUGCUUCUCCACUUGGCAAUUACCUCUCCGCUCCUGUAUGACUUCUACAAUUAUCGUCAGGAUGAGGCUGAGUACUUCAUUCUCUUGAAUGAAUUCUUGCAGAGUGUUGCACUUUUCGGUGCAUUGCUCUUCUUCAUAGGGAUGAAAAACUUGAUUCCAAAGAGACUAAUCAAGAAGAAGGCCCCCAAGGCAAAAGUGGGUUAAGUGUGUGAAGAAGCAACUUUAAAGAAUGGAUUAUCAUUGCAGGUGCUUAAAUUUUACUGGGUGUCAACUGGCUGCACAUAUCAUAUUUAUAGAUGGUUCUGAAGCUAUUUAUGCGACAACCCAAAUUUGUGGUUCUUUCUUCCUGGGGUUGUUAAGACUGAUAGUCCAUGUAUUAUCAUUUCACAGCCUGAAUGGCCACAGUAUACAUUUCAUUUUGUCCAGUAGAAUUUCUGUUUGAGCAAGAAUUUUAUGAUUUUCAUGAA